GCUUGUUAUGCACUUUUUGAAACGCAGUUCUGCUUUUUGUUCUCGUGAGACUUGGCAACGCUGCUGGUGGAUGGAAGCUGGGCCCUGGUGACCAUGCCUUCUGAAGUGUCCAAGCCCUACGUGAGCGAGACGCAGGCCUCCGAGCUGCUGGGGCGUGUCUUCGGGCUGGCCGUGUCCAGGCUCAGCCCCCUGCCCAGCUACGACGAUCAGAACUUCCACGCGGUGGUCCCGGGGCGGGGCGAGUUCAUUGUGAAGGUGACAAACACGGAGGACAGCUGCAACGCGGAACUGCUGGAGGCACAGACCCGCAGCAUGAUGUACCUGCAGGAGCAGGGGCUGCCUGUCCCCACACCGCUGCUCACCCGCGACGGGGACAUCAUGUCCCUGCAGUCAAUCGAUUGUGGAUCGGGGUAUUCUAAGUAUAUGGUGAGGGUGUUGACGUACCUGCCUGGGACUCCGAUCGCCAAGAUCCCAAGCUCUCCACAGAUUCUGUAUGAAGCAGGGAGAUCGGCAGCUACUCUGGACAAAGUCCUUCAGGGGUUUGAGCACCCCAGCCUGCAAAGCCUGCACCGCAAGAACUUCAUCUGGAGCCUGUCCAGCAUUCCCUUGCUGGAGAGCUACCUUGACGCACUGGGACAGGAGCCCACCAUCAGGGUUGUGAAGGAAGUCAUCCAGCAGUUCAGAGACAAGAUCCAGCCCAAACUGGAAGUGUUCCGCAAAUGUAUAAACCAUGGGGACUUCAACGACCACAAUGUCCUGAUUGAGGCCGAGGCACGGAGCCCGCAGCGCUACAGAAUCUCGGGGAUCUUGGACUUUGGGGACAUGAGCUACGGCUGCUACGUUUUCGAGGUGGCAAUCUGCAUCAUGUACAUGAUGAUCGAGAGCGAGGAGCCGCUCAGCGUGGGGGGGCACGUGCUGGCAGGCUACGAGAGCGUCGUCCCUCUGAUCCCUGAGGAGAGGGAUGCCCUGUUCCUGCUGGUCCUCUCCCGCUUCUGCCAGUCCUUGGUGAUGGCGCACCACUCCGUCACCCUCCAGCCCGCCAACGAGGAAUACCUGAUGAUAACGGCACGCACCGGCUGGAAGCACCUUCUUAGGCUCUGGGAGAUGGGCAGGGAGGCGGUGGAGCAGCUCUGGUUUGGGACAGCCAGCUCCUACCAGACUGGAGAGCGUCCGUGAAGGACCGGGCUGUGAAAGCAACCUGCCUCCACACGCAAUGGAGACCUGAUUUAAGUAGAUUUAAAAAUAAAAUAAAAAAAAAAACUGUACGGUCAUGGACUAUCGCAUCUAAAAACACCUGCUUCCCACUGAAAUGUGUUGAAGCCUCCCGCUGCAUUAAUUCCACCAGGAAAUGUUAGUGUGUGCACUCCUCUCUUUCCAUUAUUCUUUUAAAUAAACAACAAGAAAGAAAGAUGGAUAGGACCAGCUUUCGGAUGAUCAAUGUUGUUUUAUUCAUGACAAGCUGCCUUGGCAUCCAUAUGGUAAUUAAAUUAAAUAGGUUUCAAUCCUCAUGUUCUUUUGCAUAAAUUCCACAGUUUAUAAUUAAGCUAGAAUGUCUGCAGAGAGCUUAUUAACCAUGGCUGGUCUUGAACGAUUUUUUAAAACAUGUGUUUGUUUAAUUAAUGAUUGAAUGAAUUAGAAAGUGCAGAAUGGGCCAGUGACAUGAAAAUGCAAAUCUUUUAGCAUGUCCCACUCAAGCUAAAGUGCAACAGUAGGCUUUCAUCUGGAACACCUGCCCUACAGGUAGACUGGCCAAGAGUAAGCCGGCUGUAGUUCUGGUAAUCAUUUUUCAAAGGUGCGGCUCUCUGUAAUGAUUCUACAUAUGCACACCCUCUCAACUCCAUCAGCUCUGUAAUGAGCCAUCACAAGAGUGGAUGGCAGUGAAUGCUGCUUUAGGACGAUAGAAAGGGUUCAUGAGUAGCAGAGGUGCUCUCGCCUGUGGGACCGGCUGCUGAAGCUGCUUUGUGUAACUGGUAGCAGCUUUAUUAACCAGCGCUAACAUAUGCUUCCUGCCAGGAUCGGGUGUGAGUACUAUCCCAGAGCUGCUGCUGUUUAAGAAAUACAGCCCCAUUCGGCUCACCCUUUGGGUGCUAUAUUGCCUUUUUUCUUUACCUUUGUGUGUUGCCUCAGUCUUCCAGGCCCCCCUUGUAAAGGAGAUUUGAAUGGGACUGCAUACUGGUUAAAAACAGUAGCAGGGUUAGAAAUACGACUCCCAUUGCUUAGCAGUUGGAUCCACUCCUGGUUGUACUAUUUUUAAUAACAUACCUGUGUCUUGUUACCUAUACACACUGUGGCUAAUGAUGCUCCUAUUAAAACCUGGAAUAGGGGAAACUGCUAUGCAACAGGAGUCUUAUUUCCAUCUCUUAAUAACAUAUAUAUCGGCAUCAAAAGAAACGUCUCGCUUAUAUUUGGAUACAAUUCACUAGAUGUGAUCUAAAAAUGACAAACUCUGUUUUAGAGCAGAUGCAGUGACCAAAAAACAUUUUGUCAAU